UAACAACGCCUGAUUGAAGCUUGUCUUCAUUUAAUAAAUUUAUUAGUGAAACAUUUUAAAAGAGAAAAAUCAAGGUGACAUUAGAACAAAAAACUAGUCGUUAUGAGUGUGAACUCAAUAGAGAAGUCAUUGUAGCUAUUAGUUAACUUUUAAGCUCUAGCUCAUCUCCUGUGGCGCCAGAACAUUUUGCUGAGCAAGAAGCAGCUAGAUGGAGCAAUUUUUGGAGACCGAAAAGAUACUUCCAAAAUUUAAAAAGAGGUACACGAAUACAUAUCUUCCCCUAUCGCUGUUUAUUUUGGGGGCGGGGAUUAAGGGAAAAAAAAAGGGGGGGACAUUAAUUGAGAACGACUACACUCAGGACUAAGGCACUCAUCCCGAAACUAAGUUCAUAAAUUGAUCACAUCAAAACCGACGCCUGGUGAUAACUAGUCUCCUAAACAGAACGUUCCCCCUCCCCCUUAGACUUAUAACCUUUCUAAAAAGGAGCCUGAAGGAGUCCAUUUGAUGGUCCGAGCUUUGCUAAUUUACCCUUGCAAAACAUUAAUUAAAGGACGCCACUAAAAAUAGCGCCAGACACAGAGCUAUCUUUAAGUCCCCAUUGGGAAAAACAAAUGUUUGAAUGCGUGUGUAUAUUUUCAUGGGGUACCGAAACGAGUCCCCUCGAAUUUCAUUAAGUCUCAGGAGCCAAUCUGAACAUGCAUGCUAAUUAGCUUAACUCCCUCAAUACUCAAGCCUUUGUCGCAGGCAAAGAGAUCCGUUCAGGAGCCGGACUACAAAACCCACAAUCCCCCUCCCCACCCUGAUCAAUGAGGGCUUAUUUAAAUAAUCUGUGAGCUUUUGGAUCCAGGCCAAUCAGCUGUCAGGGCUCAUGAUAAAUCGCAAUGCAUUAUUGAUAAUCAUAAUUACUCUGACAUGCGCGUUCCGGCCGAAGGGGGUUAUUUCCCAACUCUAGGAAUUUGUUGUGAAGGGGAAAAUAAUUGCUUCAAUUUUGCUCCCGAUGCUCGAACCAUGUCGAGACGCAAGCAGGCGAAACCCCAGCACAUCAACUCUUCCGAAGAACCUCAGCAGCUUCCAGAUGCGGCAGCCUGCUCCUCGGUCGCCGCCGCUUCCUCAGCUACGACCCCAGCUGCCGUAGCGGCAGAGCACGGUGGUCUACCAAACUGCCCUGGAGAUGGAGAGGGAGUAAGGGGAAGGGUUAAACGAUGUCGAACUGAGGAAACUACUAUCUGUGAGAAAUGCUGUGCAGAAUUCUUCAGCCUUUCCGAAUUCCUGGAACAUAAGAAAAAUUGCACUAAAAAUCCACCUGUCUUAAUCAUGAAUGAUAGUGAGGAGACAACACCUCCUGAAGUCUUAUCAGAAGUAACUCCGGCCCCAUCAGAGAAUUUUCCAAUUGAUCGUUUGGAAAGUCAUGGCAAUAAAGACAGUCGUUCAAAGAAUUGCACUGGUUCUGUGGACAAGAAAGAUAAGUCUGGUGUGGAGGCAGGAACCUUUCUCAAAACAGAGCCUACAACCCCUUCUACACCUCAUGGGAUAAACUAUUUAUCAAAAGGCAAAGUUCCCAACACUAAUGUGACUUUACAAACACUACGAGGGACCAAGGUAGCUGUGAAUCAGAGGAGUGCUGAUGCUGUAUCUUUACCAGUCCAGGGCUUUAGCGCCUUCCCCAUGAUUUUGGAACAGCUAAUGAGUCUGCAGCAACAACAGCUUCAGCAAAUCCAGCUUACUGAGCAGAUCCGUGUGCAGAUGACCAUGAUGGCCACCAGUGGCCAGCAUGCAUCAGUAUCUCAUGGUUCUGACCCUUUGAAAACCCUGGGCUCUCAUAUGUCUCAGCAUCUCUCUACUGCUUUGGCCUUAGUUGGACAAAAGGCUGGCAGCCAGAGCCUGUCACUGGAAUCCUUGAAACAAGGCAAACUACCUCAUGCCAAUAUAGGCAUCCCAACUGCUGGUUCAGUGACCUCUGGACUACCAUCUUUCUCUUUAAAGUCUGAUGCAAAUAGGAUCCUUCCUAAUGCAAUGUCUCGACUUCCAAAUCCUUUACUACCUCAAUCAUCAGGCUCAGUUCUUUUCCAGAACCCAUUCCCUCCUGCGUCUUCAGUGUCUUCUGUGUUAGACCCAUCCAAGAAAGGGAAGGGGAAACCUCCCAACAUUACUGUUUCUGAAAGUAAACCAAAUGCUGAGGAGCCCUUUUUCAAGCACAAAUGCAAGUUCUGUGGCAAGGUGUUUGGAAAUGACAGUGCCUUGCAAAUUCAUCUCCGUUCCCAUACUGGGGAGAGACCGUACAAAUGUAAUAUCUGUGGCAAUCGCUUUACCACUAAGGGGAAUUUGAAGGUUCACUUCCAGCGCCAUAAGGACAAAUAUCCCCAGAUAAAAAUGAAUCCCCAUCCAGUCCCUGAACACCUGGAUAACCUGACAAGUACCAGUGGGAUCUCAUGUGGAAUACCUGUGCCCAUGGAUGAAUCAAAUAUGAUGGUGGACAGCAAACCUCCCCUGACUACUGGGACUCUUUCCUUAGGCUUACCUCAAAGUCUGACCCCCAAAGACUCUCUUGGUGCUUUUUCCAACGAUCUAUCAUCUAGGCCUUCCCCAGAGAGUGAAGGGGGUUCCACCUCAUCUGGUGUGGCCAGUAAUGAAUCUGGGACAGAGCACAGCUUGAGUUCCCCACAAGCUGGUAGUAUUAGUGGGUUCUCCGGUAGUGGGGCCACUGAGCAGGGGUCUGAGACUUUGAAGUUACAACAGCUGGUAGAAAAUAUUGAUAAGGUUACCAGUGAUCCCAAUGAAUGUAUCAUUUGUCAUCGAGUUUUAAGCUGCACAAGCUCUUUGAAAAUGCAUUAUCGCACUCAUACCGGGGAGAGACCAUUCAAAUGUAAGAUCUGUGGAAGGGCCUUCUCCACAAAAGGCAAUCUUAAGACUCAUUAUGGAGUUCACCGAGCUAACACCCCUUUAAAAAUGCAACAUUCUUGUCCCAUUUGCCAAAAGAAAUUUACCAAUGCUGUAGUGUUGCAGCAACAUAUCCGAAUGCACAUGGGUGGCCAGAUUCCUAAUACCCCUAUGUCUGAGAAUUCCUGUGACCAUGUUGAGAUGGAUCCAGCUGUUAUCAGUGAGAAAAAUGAGGAUGUCAUUGCCAGUUGCAUUGAUGAGACCAUUGAAAGCAUUGUUGAUAUGGAAGACUUGGACUCCCAAGAUCCUCCUAGUGGUUCCUCUAAACCCUCUACUCCCCUUAAUGAUAAUCAGUCAGAAACGCCCACUGUGGGCUUUACUGGCAUCUCUGUAUUGGAAGCCUCAGGGAAAAUGGGCAGUCCAUCUUUGAGUCUUCAAAGGCAGAGUAGCCUGAAGUCAAGUUCUGCAGAAAGUGAUGGCAUGACCAAUGAUUCUUCAUCCAUAAUAGGAGAUCAUGAUUAUCAAAAUGGCCGAAGUCCAGAGUCUGUAUCAUUCCAGGCAUUAUCUCCAGCAAAUAGUCAAGCUGAAAGUAUUAGGUCCAAGUCACCUGGCUUGAUCAAUCAUGAUGACAUGGGAAAUAAGAGCGAAGGACCAGAAAACCCUCCAGCAGAAACUGAAGGUGAUGGUGCUUUGGAUUUAACUUAUGCCAAUAUUGGCCGAAAGGUCAUCAAGGAAGAGCCUGGGUUAAAUUUUGCAAAUGGGGAGUAUGGUCGAGGUAGCGUUCCUACUACCUUUGUCAGAGUGCCACCAGCCCUGAUUAAAGCUGAAGCUCCUGGAGAACGGCCCCUUAGCAAUAGCCCAUUUCCUGGAUCUCCUGCCCUGUCUCCAGGGGUAGCACCUUUGCUAGUGGCCCCACCUCGGCGCACUGCCAAGCAGCACAUUUGUAACACUUGUGGAAAGAACUUCUCAUCAGCCAGUGCUCUUCAGAUCCAUGAGCGUACUCACACUGGUGAAAAGCCUUUUGCAUGUACCAUUUGUGGAAGGGCCUUUACAACUAAAGGAAAUUUGAAGGUCCACGUUGGAACUCACAUGUGGAAUAACUCUGCUCGACGUGGAAGGAGACUGUCUAUUGAUAACAUAGCAUUGCUGGGUAAUGAUGUCAAGAAAGUAUCUGAGAUGUUUCCAAAGGAUAUAGUCCCUCCUGCAGUGAAUCUUGACCCCACAGUUUGGAACCAGUAUGCAGCUGUGAUUAACAAUGGCUUGGCGAUGAAGACUAAUGAGAUAUCAGUGAUUCAAAGUGGUCCUAUCCCUGCCCUACCAGUUCCUAUCAGCGGUGGAGGAUCUGUAAUGAAUAAUGCUCCCGUCUCCAAGAUAGAUGGGUCACAGUCUGCGAUUAACCCUGAUGUUAUGGAGAAAGCUAAUGCUACUGAUAGUGUCCCAAAACAUCAAUUCCCUCACUUUCUGGAAGAAAACAAGAUUGCAGUCAGCUAAAAAGGAAGCCAGAAUGCAGGCGAAGCAAAUAUACACUUUAAAAAA